CAAGCCCACAUCUUCGGGAGGCCUUCUGGUCUCAGUAUGCAGCUGCUACCUGAGGUGAUCUCUGCUCCGCUUAGCAUUCCUGGGGUGGUGCUGAUUAAUUCAGAAAGGCUCAAUUUAAUUGGAGCAGUGGCCAUUUCCCUGGGCAGACGGCUCUUGUCCUGCACGGCGUCACUUAUGAGGCCUUCCAGGGAAGAUGAACUGAAGGAUGCUGCCCACGGAGACCGUCGCCUGACAACCCGUUAUGCAGGCCUACCUACAAGGGGCCGGCAGCAUGACCAGGUGAAGGCAGAGUAUGCCCGGCUCAGCCGCACACUCACCAUAGUGACCAGAGAACGCGAUUCGGCCCUGAGGGAGAAACACCAGCUCCAAGUCAAGCUGGAGAACCUGGAGCAGGUCCUGAAGCACAUGCGUGAGGCUGCUGAACGGCGGCAGCAGCUGGAGUUGGAGCAUGAGCAAGCCCUGGCUGUCCUCAACGCUAAGCAGCAGGAGAUCGAGCUUCUGCAGAAGGCUCAGGUUGAAGCUAAGAAAGAGCACGAGGGAGCCGUGCAGCUGCUAGAGAGCGCCCUGGACAGCAUGCAGUGCAAGGUUCGAGAGCUGGAAGAGAAAUGCCGGACGCAGAGUGAGCAGUUCAGCCGGCUGUCUCGGGACCUGGAGAAGUUCCGGCAGCAGGCCGGGAAGAUUGACCUGCUAGGCAGUGGCUCGGUGGCCUCGCUGGACAUCCCCUUGGCCCCCAGCAAGCCUUUCCCGCAGUUCAUGAAUGGACUAGCCACCUCCAUUGGCAAAGGUCACGAGAGUGCCCCUGGACACUACCCUGCGGUUGGUGACUAUUCCCCACUCUCAGGGGGCAAGCCGGAGCUGCUGUCCACCAACCACCUUCCUGUCCCCACCUUCCUGUCGCCAUCGGGGAGCCCAAGAUGCAGAUUUGAGUCAGACAUGGACAAUGAACAGAACUCCAACACCUCGAAGCAGAGAUACUCGGGCAAAGUCCACCUGUGUGUGGCCCGCUACAGUUAUAAUCCCUUCGAUGGGCCGAAUGAAAACCCGGAGGCCGAGCUGCCCCUCACGGCGGGGAAGUACCUCUAUGUGUACGGGGACAUGGACGAGGACGGGUUCUACGAAGGGGAGCUCCUGGAUGGGCAGAGGGGCCUGGUGCCCUCCAACUUUGUGGAUUUCAUCCAGGACAACGAGUCUCGGUUGGCAAGCACUCUGGGGACCGAGCAGGAUCAGAACUUCAUCAACCACUCGGGCCUUGGCCUGGGGAGCGAGAACAUCCUCGACCUCCACUCCCCGACUCGCACAGACCCGGGCAUUACUGAUGACGGCGGGGGGACGCUGGAUGUGAACAUCGAUGACAUUGGAGAAGACAUCGUGCCUUACCCUAGAAAAAUCACCCUUAUCAAACAGCUUGCCAAAAGUGUCAUUGUGGGCUGGGAGCCCCCGGCUGUGCCGCCGGGCUGGGGGACUGUGAGCAGCUACAAUGUCCUGGUGGACAAGGAGACGCGGGUGAGCCUGGCCCUGGGCAGCAGAACCAAGGCCCUCAUCGAGAAGCUCAACACGGCCGCCUGCACCUACCGCAUCUCCGUGCAGUGCGUCACGAGCAGGGGCAGCUCGGACGAGCUGCGGUGCACGCUGCUGGUGGGCAAGGACGUGGCCGUGGCCCCCUCCCACCUGCGCGUGGACAACAUUACGCAGAUCUCCGCCCGGCUCUCCUGGCUGCCCACCAACAGCAACUACAGCCACGUCAUCUUCCUUAAUGAGGAGGAGUUCGACGUCGUCAAGGCUGCGCGGUACAAGUACCAGUUCCUCAACCUGAGGCCCAACAUGGCCUACAAGGUGAAGGUCCUCGCCAAGCCCCACCAGAUGCCCUGGCAGCUGCCACUGGAGCAGAGGGAAAAGAAGGAGGCCUUUGUGGAGUUCUCCACGCUGCCCGCAGGCCCUCCAGCACCUCCCCAAGAUGUUACUGUCCAAGCAGGGGCCAUGGCAUCCACCAUCCAGGUCUCCUGGAAGCCGCCGAUGCUGACCCCCACUGGAUUGUCCAAUGGGGCGAACGUCACCGGCUAUGGCGUAUAUGCCAAGGGGCAGAGGGUGGCCGAGGUCAUCUUCCCAACGGCGGACAGCACCGCAGUGGAGCUCGUGCGCCUGCGGAGCUUGGAGGCCAAGGCCGUGACAGUGCGGACCCUCUCUGCCCAGGGCGAGUCCGUGGACUCUGUGUUUGCUGCCAUCCCCCUCGACCUCCUGGUGCCUCCAACCCCCCACCCGAGAGCUGCGCCCCCACCGAAGCCAUUACCAAGUGCCCCCGACACCAAAGACAAGCCCCUGUGUCCCCACACCAAGGUGGAGGAGCCCUGGGAGCAGAGCCGCACCCCCGCCCCGGUGCACGGGCACAUGCUGGAGCCGCCUGACCUGCAAGGCUCCGGCCCUGGGCGGCGGUCGCCUUCUCCCAGCCGCAUCCUCCCGCAGCCGCAGGGGGCUCCGGUGUCCACCACCGUUGCCAAGGCCAUGGCCCGUGAGGCUGCGCAGAGGGUGGCCGAGAGCAGUAGGCUAGAGAAAAGGAGCCUCCUCCCCGAGCGGAGCAGCCUGGGGCGCUGUGCCAGCUCUGAUGAGGAGGACGGCUUUGCCUCCCCCGAGCUCAAGCGGAGGGGCGCCUCUGUGGACGACUUCCUCAAGGGCUCCGAGCUGGGCAAGCCGCCCCCCUGUUGCCAUGGAGACGAGUACCCCACGGAGAGCAGCCGGGGCUCCGACCUCUCGGACAUCAUGGAGGAGGAUGAGGAGGAGCUGUCCUCGGAGAUGCAGCUGGAGGACGGGGGGAGGAGGCGGCCCAGCGGCACCUCCCAUAAUGCGCUCAAGGAGUGCUAUAAGCCCAGGAGCCCGGAAGGCGCCUGCCCGGGACAGCCCGAGUUCCCCCAGCAGCCCCACCGCAGUAAGAGGCUAUGCAGUAUCCCCGAGGUAGCCGAGGAGGACGCAGAGCUCGGGGAGCCGCUGCUGCGGCAGGGCUCAGGGGCACCCAGGGCCAGGGCCCUGCUGGCCAUGGUGCCAGGGCCCAUCCCACCCUGCUGGGAGCACUCGGCUCCGCAGGCCUCCUGGAUCCCUGCCAAGCGCAGAGCCCCCGUGGAGGACCUCCUUCUGGAAGACAGAGGCUGCCGGCUUAGCCGCUGGGCCACCCGGAGCCCGGACAGCGGCCUGGACUGCGGCAGUGAGGAAGAAGAGUCUCGGUUUAGUUUCAGGAACACCACAGCCCAGUGCAGCCCAGGCCCCGGUCACUGUCCCUGUAGGAGAAGCCCGAGGCCUCUACUGGCCCGGCGGCGGACACUGACCCGGCAGAGCAGCAUUGAAGAGGACUUUGGGGAACAGGUGGACCCCAGUGACGUCGCCAGGAGCGAUGAUGCCCUGCCCCGCCCGGAGAGGUCCGUGCCCAGGCAGCACAGCUGGGACGAGGCCGUGGAGCACGAAGACUCUCGGGGUGUCUGGAGGAGUGGCCUGGCUGUGCCCGACAGCAGGGUGGCUGUCCAGCACGCACGGCCUCCCCCCAGAGUGGCCGACGGCCCUGUGAUUCUAGGAAACCCAGCAUCUGCCGGACGUGUGGACAGGGCAGAUCAUGUGGGCAGGAGGUUUUCCCACGGUGGCACUGGUCCUCAGAGGCCCCGGCCGACGGUGGUCCCAUCUAUUGAUGAUUACGCUGGGCGCGACCGCCUCUCUCCAGACUUCUACGAGGAGUCGGAGACGGACCCUGGAGCCGAGGAGCCCCCAGCCCGCAUCUUUGUGGCUCUGUUUGACUAUGACCCACUCACCAUGUCCCCGAACCCUGACGCUGCAGAGGAGGAACUUCCCUUCAAGGAAGGACAGAUCAUCAAGGUCUACGGAGACAAAGACGCAGAUGGCUUCUACCGCGGGGAGACCUGCGCCCGGCUCGGCCUCAUUCCCUGCAACAUGGUCUCCGAGAUCCAAGCUGAUGACGAGGAGAUGACUGACCAGCUGCUAAGACAAGGCUUCCUGCCCCUGAGCACGCCCGUGGAGAAAAUAGAGAGAAGUAGAAGAAGCAGCAGGCAGCGCCCCGUGUCCACAAGAAGAGUGGUGGCUCUGUACGACUAUGACCCCCGGGAGAGCUCGCCCAACGUGGACGUCGAGGCUGAACUUACGUUUUGCACGGGAGAUAUUAUCACUGUUUUUGGUGAAAUCGAUGAAGAUGGAUUUUAUUAUGGGGAGCUCAAUGGGCUGAAAGGCCUGGUGCCUUCCAACUUCCUGGAGGAAGUGCCUGAGGACGUGGAAGUCUACCUCUCCGACGCCCCGUCCCCCUACUCUCAAGACCCACCCCCGCGCUCCAAGGCCAAAAGGGCUGUUGACCGUCUGUGUGGACAUUUCCCAUCAUGGCACGACAGGCAAAGUCCUCUCUCCUCCAUGCUCGGGAAGACGCUCGAGCCUCACUUUUCUGGGACUUUCUUCCAAAGAUCGCAGAGCCUCAUUUUUCUAUGGUCUCCAAGAAAGUUGCUGUCUACCUGGGCACGUGCACUGUUCCAGGCAACAGCUGUGAUCUGCCUGUGGCAUCCAAGGACAAAAAGAAGGGCUGAACCAGGGGCUGAUGAGAUGCAGCCAGCCCUUCUCUGGGCUGAAAGCCAUGUGGAAUAUGUCCUUGUCCCUUGUCAGAGGCCUACCAGGGCUACAGAUUUCACCUUUCUCCCCAAGACCACUCACCACUGCACCUACAAUGACCACCAAAAGUCUCAAGGACCUAUCAGACGCCCCCAGCCUCGCCCAUCAGUUGUGUCUGCCACAGUUAACCAGGUUGAACAUGAAGUCCAGCACCGUCUCACUGCGUAGCACUUUGUGGCUGACGUCGGUACACAGCAUGAUGUUGUUCUCGUACUGAAGGAUGGAAGUGGUGAAGCCAGGCCAGAUCACCAACCUGUCGAGGACAGCGCUGGUCACGGGGGCCCAGACACCAGUGCAAGCUACUUCAAGUUGGGUCCCUCAGCUCCAAAGAGACCUUUCAAGGCUUCAAUAGCCUCAUAUGGUAGUAAUGAUCGUUUAGAGGUUCCCUUUUAAAUAAACACACAAACUUGACUGGGCUCUCCUUUACACUGAUCCACCUGCUGCAAGUGCCUGCAUCACAACAAACCCAAACCACCUGAGCCAUAGCUGUGACAGCACAGUGACUUCUGCCUGGGGACCUCAUCACCAGAGGGCAAAGCUCAAACUGAGUGCUGGAUAGAUGCUUAUGCCUCUCUGGUGACAUCAAUGUUAUUAUGUUGCUUUGUCCUUGAAUCCAAGUAUUGCAGGGUGAGUUCUUAAGGCAAACCAAGUUACAUGUUCCCCUAACGUGACAUGCACCAUUAGAGAUACUGUUACAUCAGACCACCACUCUCAAAGUCUGGGCAGAGAGAAACAUAGGAUUUCCCAUUUCAUACAAACCUAUGAUUUGGAAUAUCAAUAGGGUCACUUGGGUUAUAAUAGUUCCGUCCAAUUUGUUGCAAAUUCAUGAUUUUCAAGAGCCUGGAGAGUAGAAAGUGAGCAGUUAUAAAAGUGAGGGUGGAAAGCAUCCAGUCCUGCCUAUGGGACAGUGGGCUGCUCUGGGCAGGACUGGCCCUCAUGUGCCUGGGACCCAGCAAUGAGUUCCAAACAUUUCAGAGUUUGGGAAAAGAUCCCAAGACACACGAAUUACAUGAAAUUCCGAUUUGCAUGUCUAUCAGUUAGGUUCUCCUGGAAGCCAGCCCUGGUGUUCGUUUGCUGCCUGAGGCUCCUCAGGCCCAGCAGCUGAGGCUGGGAAGGCAUGGUGCUGACCAGGCAGCCCUCUGCAGAGCCACCCUGCCAAGCCUUGAUUGGAAAUCCAUAGAUGUACCAAUCACAUUAAUUCAAAAUAAAGGAUAAUUUUCUAUGAGCAAUUUUAAAAGGUAAAUUACAAAUCCAAAUCUCAUAGCCCAUUAUUCAGCCUUCAGAUUCUUUUUACCCAGAAAAUAAACUCUCUGCCAGCAUGUCUUUAUUUUAGCUUUGGAAGAUAUGGCAUGCACACUGACGACCAGUACGAGCCAGCCGCUGUCAUCUCUCACCACAGGAAGGUGUGGAGAGGUCUCACCCACCCCUCCCAACCAGAGCCCCCCAGGGAAGGGUGACCCUGGCCCAGCACAGGCAGGGUUUUGAGGACCUGACAUCAACACAAACAGGGAAAUUAAAGUUAAGGGCUGGCUUGAAGCAAACUGCAUGCUGAUAAACAACACCUGAACCCACCCAGCCCCAGUUUCAAUCCCAGGAAUAUUGCAAUGAAGUCACACAGGGCAUAAAGCCAGGUUGUGGAUCAAAACCUAGAACUUGGAGGCCUUUACAUAAUUUUUAUAUAUAUAUAUGUAUUAUAUGUAAUCUUCGAAUGUUCUAAUCAUUCACCUAUUUUCUCAAAAGGAAAAAAUUCUUAACACACAUUAUUAUAAAAAUUACCCUAAGUGGCAUAUUUGUUGCUCAAUCUGUUUUCCUAGGUUAUCAUUCCCACCUGGGAUGAUAAGACAUGAUGGUUAAAAUCAUGGCAAUCCAGAGACACUGGCUCACCCAACAUGGCAAAGCCCAGGUAACAGGUGCACAUGUAUUCUCUAUAUACUUCUUCCAGCUUUUCUGUUUUAAAUCCUUAAUAAAAUACUCAAAAAAGUUUAA